AUGGCCUUGUUCGAGGAGCUCAGCCCCUCCUCUGUGGUUACUAUAACUCUAACUUUAUUGCUUGCCUAUCUAAUAGGCUGCGCAGUGUAUCGCCUGUACCUUAGCCCCAUCGCGUCUUUCCCAGGCCCCCCGUUGGCAGCUGUGACUUGGUUCUAUGAGUUCUAUUACGAUGCAAUAUGUGGUGGCCGGUAUAUCUUCAAAGUCAAGGAUAUGCAUAAGCGAUACGGGCCCAUUGUUCGCAUCAACCCCGAAGAGCUUCAUAUCGAGACUUCGGCCUUUUAUGAUGAGCUGUAUGCACCCGGCGGCAAGAAGAAGAGAAAUUUGAAUCCUCAGUUCAAACAUCAAUUUGGGGCGCCCGACAGUGCUUUGUCUACUAUAGAACAUGAUUUACAUCGCAUGCGUCGUUCCGCAUUGAGCCCAUUCUUCUCAAAAGCAAGUGUACGUCGUUUGCAGCCUGUCAUAUGGGAAAAGGUCGACAAACUCCUUAAACGUCUAGAUGGAUUGAAAAAUACGGGUCAUCCAGUCCGCAUGGAUAUUGCCUACGCUGCGUUCACCAAUGACGUCAUCAUGCAGUACAGUUUCAGCCACUCGCGCGAGAGGUUGCAAAAGAAUGACUUUGGUGAACCUGCUCAGGAGGCCGUUCUUGCUAUGAGCAAAGUUGUACAUUGGAUGAAGCACUAUCACUGGCUCAUUAAUAUGGGACAGCUUAUUCCGCCAUGGAUUGUAUCGUGGAUUAGUCCAACAGUUGCAAAUGUGCUUGAGGAUGAACGGUCCUUCACCCGCGAUAAUGUGGUCCAGGUGCACCAGAUCAUGAACGAUAAAGAUACAGGGGCCGGAAAGCAGCCGAAAACCAUUUUUCAUGAUCUGCUAGCAAAUCCGAAUCUUCCAGUCUCAGAAAAGAGUGUCGAACGGCUUGGCCAGGAAGCCAAGAUACUCGUGGCCGGCGGAACUGAGACCACAUCUUGGACACUAUCGGUCAUCACAUACUAUCUGCUGAGCCAACCGGAUACUCUAUCCCGUCUUCGUACCGAACUAAUCGCCUCCAUCCCCGAUCCUACGGCACACGUCGGUAUCGAGGUCUUGGAACACCUUCCCUACCUUACUGCCGUAAUUCAGGAAGGUCUGCGGCUAUCCUAUGGCGCUGUUGCCCGGCUAGCACGUGUAUCCCCAAAUGAAGCAGUGAUCUUUCACGACGACAAGCGUGGAAAGGACUGGGUAAUUCCUCCGGGGACACCCAUGAGCAUGAAUGCUGUUUUUGUGCAUCAUGAUCCCGCCAUCUUUCCAGAGCCAAGCAAGUUUCGUCCGGAACGGUGGAUCGAGGCCGAAAAGGAGGGUAAAAGGCUGAAUGGGUAUCUUGUGUCCUUCACAAAGGGCUCCAGGUCAUGUUUGGGCAUCAAUCUGGCCUAUGCAGAACUCUAUAUUUGCGUCUCCAGGAUGUUUAGGCUAUUUCACGGUGCGGAUGAUGAGACAGGUGCGAAAGGUGGGAGGUUGGAACUGUUUGAAACGUCCAACAAGGAUGUUGAGUUUGCCACUGAUAUGUUCAUUCCUGCUACCAGGAAGGGAAGUAAAGGCGUUAGGUUGCUUGUUAAGGGUGAUUAA